AUUGGGUUGGAUUGGAUCUCCAUAAGGGCGAAACUAUGAGUGAUUGGACGGACACUUAUUUGCUGGGAGACCAACUGAGAUACGCGGUUACGGUUAUGGAUACAAUUGUCAUGCAUCUCAUAUUAAAACAGAGGCUAAGAAAUAUUCAUAAGAACGACCCACGACUGUUCCAGUACGUAUUCGAGAAUGAUCAUCCUCUACCCUACAACCGAUGAAAUCAAAAAACAAAAUAAUCAAAUUUCAAAUCUGGUUUCAAAUCUCAUCUCUCUUAUAUUUAUCAAUUAUACCGACAGAUCAUUUUUUAAUUAAGUUUAUUCGAAUAAAUAUCAUCAUCAAU